AUGCAUCGUUCUGCUUCAUACGAUGGCCGUUCAGGCUCUCGGGGAAGUCACAGCAACAGCAGCGCGUUCAGUCCUAACGCCAACCCAAACGAAGACUGGACCAAAAUCUCCGAUCUAGCAGAGCGUCGGCGCAUUCAAAAUCGUAUUGCCCAGCGGAACUAUCGCAAGAAACUCAAGCGCCGUCUGGAGGACCUGGAGAGACGAGCCGCAACAUCCGAUUCCGCAGAAGAGUCACAUGAAGUGCCCGUGUCUCCAAAGAUAUCAUCUCCACCCAAGACUCGAAAGCCGCGAGCAUCUAAGCCCAUGGAUGUGAAAUCUCACUUGCAAUCAGACCGACUCUACGACUACCAUAAUCCCGAGGACCGAUCAGCUAUGUUUGCUCAACAAUGUACUCGGCAACUCUCAGCUUCACCCCCACCAGUCUUCUCGUAUCCAUCCAUGUCACCAUAUGAUGCCUACCGACAGUCAACCUACACCCAAUCUCCUCUCUACCACGCUGCGCCGAACGCCUAUAGUGAAAUUUCCUACCAAGCAGACUACGGCUCGCCCGUACCCUCGCUGGUUCCCUUGCUACCGUCAAUGCAGCGUAAACUCGCCUACGAUGAAGAUCUGAUCAGUCCCUUCAGCAUGAGCUACGCAACAAUGGCGGGCAUCGACUUGUGCCAACAACAGGCACAAGCACACUCCCAUCCAGAAGGCCUUCCGGUGCCAUCGCUUGCAUACAGCUACUCAGAGGAUCAGCGAGCACCAUCGACGUCCCCAGAGGCAUCUAUCUUCACAAUUCCACCCACGCCAGAACAUGAACAUCUUUCUCCUCGCUCGAUGCCUGGAUUCUAUGACUAUGAUCUACGGCCGUAA